GCGCAAGCCAAACAUGAUUCUUUAUUAGAUACAAGGCUGCAGUGGAUGUUGUUUAUCAUCUAUUUUUUUUCAAUCAGUAGAUCGCGUUGAGUGUGAGUGUAACAUUAACAUUGACAAUGGAAUUAAGCGAACAACAAAGACAACUGAUCGACAGGGUCGCCAAAGAGAACGGUAUCAGUGAUUACGAAGUGAUUUCAAAUGCAGGAUCAUUCAAAGGUGACAAUUUUAUGGGAAUAAUAAGCACAAUUUUAAUCAAAAGUGGUGACAAAACAUUGGAACUGGUUUUAAAAUCUGCACAUACAAACGAAGCUUUUAGAAAAGCUGCUCCUCUUCACGAUGCUUAUGAACGAGAAAUAUAUCUGUAUGAACAUGUGUUUGAGGAGUUUAAAAAAUUUCAAAAGCAAUACAAUAUUGUAGAUCCAUUUACUAGUGUACCUAAAGCAUAUUUGUGUACUUCAGAAGAUGGCCACGAAGGUCUUUUAAUGGAGAAUCUAAAAACACAAGGAUACAAACUUUGGAAUAAGAAAAUUCCAAUGAACCCUGGUCAUAUCAAAGCAGUCCUAAAAGAAUAUGCCAAAUUCCAUGCUGUUUCUCUGGCAAUGAAAGAUAAAAAUCCUGAACAAUUUAGCAAACUUAGCGCCAAUGUAUAUAAAAAUGUUUUUGAAGGAAAUGCGACUUAUAGUGAUGAAGAGAGAUUAAAGGCAUUUAUUACUUCAGGAAUGCAAAGUGGAUACCAAGUUGUAGCAGGUGAUUCAGAACUGACGGAAUGUCUCAAAAAAGUCCAAAGUACAGUUAUUGAUACUUUUUCGAAAGAACUUAAGAAAGAAAAAUAUAAGCUGGUUAUUAAUCACGGAGAUUGCUGGUGUAAUAACUUUUUAUUUAGAUAUGAAGAUCCCGAAAACAUUGAAAACCCCUCAAAUCUUCGAAUAUUGGAUUGGCAGUUAUCUUCCUUGUCUACACCAGCAUACGAUAUAAGCUAUUUCUUCAUAGUCAAUAGUUCAAAAGAAGUAUUUGACGAUUACAAAACAUACCUAAAACUCUACCAUGAUACUCUUUCUUCACAACUACUCAACUUCGGUUGUGAUCCAGAAAAACUAUUCCCAUACUCGUUGUUAGAAGAACACUUGAAAGUUCUGUUUCCGUUUGGUCUCUACAUGAGCUUUAUGAUCGUUAAAGUGAUGGUUUCGGAAUCUGAAGAAGCACCAGAUUUUGUGGAAAUUUCAGAACAAAACGGUGAUCUUGUCAAGGGCAUGAGUUUCAACGUAAAAAAUAUGGACGAAUAUGGAAGGAGAGUCAAAAAUAUUAUUUUAUUUUUAAGAGAUAAUAACUACAUAUGAAUACUUUCUAAAUUUUAAUUUAAUUUGUUACUUUUAAAUAAAAUGUUAUAAUUUUUA